AUGUCAUUAUUAAAAUCAUUAACUUCAUUUACUAUCAACAACAUUACUAAUUCACAAUCGAUUGUUGAAUUAAAUAAUUCAAAUGUCCAAAAUAAUAAAUUCGAGAAUUCCUUAACUCAAUCUAAAUUAAACCAUUAUAAUAAUGUCCAUCUUUUCGGCUUUAGAAUUAAUAAUUAA